UAAGAACCCUAACUAGCAGUCUCUCUCCUUUCUCUUUUCUCUUUCCUUCAUCCAGCCAUGUCUUCUCGUAGAUUGUUAUCAUCUCUCCUCCGUUCAUCAGCUCUUCGAUCACCAUCUAGAUCUGUUCUUAGAUCUCCUUCACCAUCUUCAACAACUCGCGCUUCUCCCAAAGGAUUCCUACUUAAUCGUGUGUUGGAUUAUGCUAGUUCCGCCGCUGCUCAAUCGAAGCCAGCUGAUUCACCGCCUCCAAGUAAGUCUGAUGGAUCAAAGGGAAAGAUCACUGAUGAGUUUACUGGCGCCGGAUCUAUUGGAAAGGUCUGUCAAGUCAUUGGUGCUGUUGUUGACGUGAGGUUUGACGAAGGUCUUCCUCCUAUUUUGACGGCGUUAGAGGUUAAGGAUCACUCGAUCCGGCUUGUGCUUGAAGUGGCUCAACAUUUGGGAGAGAAUAUGGUGAGGACUAUUGCUAUGGAUGGUACUGAAGGUCUUGUGCGUGGACAGAAAGUGCUUAACACUGGUUCUCCAAUCACUGUACCUGUUGGCAGAGCUACUCUUGGUCGUAUCAUCAAUGUUAUUGGAGAGCCUAUUGAUGAAAAGGGCGAUCUCAAUACUGAUCACUAUUUGCCUAUUCAUCGGGAGGCUCCUUCUUUUGUGGACCAAGCCACUGAACAGCAGAUUCUUGUUACUGGAAUUAAGGUUGUUGAUCUCCUUGCUCCCUAUCAAAGAGGUGGAAAAAUUGGGCUUUUUGGCGGUGCUGGUGUCGGAAAGACAGUGCUUAUUAUGGAACUUAUUAACAAUGUUGCCAAAGCUCAUGGUGGUUUCUCCGUUUUCGCUGGUGUUGGUGAACGAACACGUGAGGGUAAUGAUUUGUACAGGGAAAUGAUUGAGAGUGGUGUCAUUAAGAUUGGUGAAAAGCAGGCUGAAAGCAAAUGUGCUUUGGUGUAUGGACAAAUGAAUGAGCCUCCAGGUGCUCGUGCCCGUGUUGGUCUUACUGGAUUGACUGUUGCAGAACACUUUCGUGAUGCUGAAGGCCAGGAUGUGUUGUUAUUUAUUGACAACAUUUUCCGUUUCACCCAGGCUAACUCUGAAGUGUCUGCUUUGCUUGGGCGUAUUCCAUCUGCUGUUGGUUACCAACCAACUUUGGCUACUGAUUUGGGAGGUCUUCAAGAGAGGAUCACUACAACCAAAAAGGGUUCGAUUACAUCGGUCCAGGCUAUCUAUGUUCCAGCCGAUGACUUGACCGAUCCUGCUCCAGCAACCACUUUUGCUCACUUGGAUGCAACAACAGUGUUAUCGCGUCAAAUAUCCGAGCUUGGUAUUUAUCCUGCAGUGGAUCCUCUGGAUUCAACAUCGCGUAUGCUUUCCCCACAUAUAUUGGGAGAGGAUCACUACAAUACUGCUCGUGACAUACAGAAGGUGCUUCAGAACUAUAAGAAUCUUCAGGAUAUCAUUGCUAUUCUUGGAAUGGACGAGCUAAGUGAAGAUGAUAAGUUGACUGUUGCACGUGCACGAAAAAUUCAGAGGUUCUUGAGCCAACCGUUCCAUGUUGCUGAAGUUUUCACCGGUGCUCCAGGAAAAUAUGUCGAGCUGAAAGAAAGCAUUGCCAGCUUCCAGGGAGUAUUGGAUGGGAAGUAUGAUGAUUUAUCAGAGCAGGCAUUUUACAUGGUUGGAGGAAUUGAUGAAGUUAUUGCCAAGUCAGAGAAAAUUGCUAAGGAAAAUGCAUAAAUUUAAACUUUCCUUUCUUUUCCUUGUCAUUUCUGGUUUUCCAUAAUUAAAUUCUCACUACUAUAAUAAUUCAAUGGGUAGGCAAUGAUUUUGCCUACAACCAAAAGUGUUCAUUUUUUUGAGAUGAAAUUAGUUCUGCC